AACAAACAAAUUACAAACAUGGGAAAUCUAAUGGGACAUGUGUUGCCUGGAAUGGCUUUCCUUGCACUUGGUUUAUGGCAUCUCAUUAAUCACAUCAAACUCUAUUCUCUACACCCAAACUCUUACAUAUCUUCUCCUUGGUUCCCCACCACAAAAAUAAGGCACUUGGAGCUUUUCUUCAUAAUUAUAGGAAGCUCCAUCUCCAUUUCCAUGGAGCUUUUUAUUGGUCCUGCCAAACACCAACCUCUUGAUUCUGAUGGAACCAUACCCUCAAAUCACCUCAGAAACUUUGAGCACUCCUUAAUUUCUACCUUUUUCUUAGUUUAUGCAUCUUUUGCAAUAAUUCUCGACAGAUUUAAGCCUAAAGCUCAAUUGGGUAUCACACAACUCCUUGCAGCAGUAGCAUUUGGGAAUCAAUUUUUUCUCUUUUAUCUUCACUCGACAGAUCACAAGGGUCUUGAAGGCCAAUACCAUUUGCAUCUCCAAGUCCUUGUGCUUGUCUCUUUAGCAACUACCCUUAUGGGAAUUGGGUAUCCUAGAAGUUUUUUAAUCAGCUUUGUGAGAUCUGUUAGCAUUGUUUUUCAAGGAGUUUGGUUCAUAGUGAUGGGCUACAUGCUGUGGACGCCUGAAUUGAUACCUAAAGGUUGUGCACUGUACAACGAUGAUGGUCACCAUGUGGUUAGAUGUAGCAGCGAAGAAGCAUUACAUCGAGCUAAAUCAUUAGUAAACAUUGAGUUCAGCUGGUACCUAACUCUGAUUUCAGUUUUUUCAAUUUUUCUCUAUCUGGGUAUGUUUGAAAGAUUUGGCAAAAGGGUGGAGUAUUCUUCACUACCAAAGGGAUUUAAAGACAUGGAAGAUGAAGAAAAAUUGUGUGAUGAUGUUGAAUCCCAGAAGUUAUUUGGAGAGUCCAAAGGAUCAACAGGAUAUGCUCCAUUCAAUAUGGAAAGGCAGAAGAUGUGAUGUGAUGUGAUGGAAUUGAAGUUGAUAAUGAAGUUUGCUAGCUAGUGUGUAUAAUUUCAUUUGCUUGGUGAUAAUAAUGAAAAAAAUAAUAAUUUAAUUUAACUUGUAUGGUUUAUGUAUACAUGGAAAAAAAUAAUAAUUUAAUUUACCUUGUGUGAUUUAUGUAUAUUUUGUGUUAGUAAAUAAAAUUGCACAGUACAUUUACAUUUA